AUGAACCAACCCGCCAUAUGCGAAACGUGCUUGGGCGACCAAGACCGCCUGACCCGCGCUGCCAACGGCGCUCAGUGCAAGAUCUGUACGCUGCCGUUCGAUGUGUACCACUUCAAGUCGCACGGCGCCGUCGCCAAGACCGUGAUCUGUCUCAACUGCUCUAAACAACGCAACAUUUGCCAGUGCUGCUUGCUGGACCUACAGUGGCACAUCCCAGUCGAGGUGCGCGACCGCGUUCUUUCCAUCGUUCAGGGCUCCGAUGUGGCCACCUCUGAAGCCCACAACGACAUGAUGAAGCGUUUCAUUGCUCUCAAGGACGGCGACAGCUUCAAACUGGGAGGCGCCAAAGUUACCAGCGACGCCGAAGCCACCGCAGCCGUGCUCUCACAAAUCCGCAGCAUCCUCGACAACGCCAACCCCUCACAACCUGCGAAAGCGCUCCCAGACUCUGCAACGGCCUCCUCGCAAACCGAAUCCGCCGCCAACAAGGCUAACUUUCCCGACGUGGACGUCUCUCAUCUCCUCAAAAGGCUGCCCAUCAAGGCCUCACUGGAGCCUGCUCCUGCUUUCUUCCUCUACAACAUCGAUCCAUCGGUGCCCGAGUGGGCCAUCAUGGAUAAAGUUGCCGAGCUCGUCGGCACCGCUAACUGGCACGAUACCCACUCCACUGCCGUGGCCAUUAACCACGCAGCGCGCUGUGGAGGAAUCCGUUUCAAAAGCACAGAUCUGGGUCACAAGUUCGCAGAGACCGUACCACGCUUCACCACCCCAUCCGGCACGGUCAAGGGAGUAAUGCAGUUGCGAAACUCACGAAUCCACAUCGUAGCGUGGCCCCAGUUUAAUCGGGCGGCCAUGGGCGAUAAAUACGCCGAAUGCCGUAAGCUGGGUCUGUGUUUGGAUCAAAUUGUUCAGAAAGACCUUUCAACCCCCUCCAAGGCUCCCUCCAAAUCCAAGAAACAGGGCAAGGUUGCGAAACAAAGCAUAGGACUGUUAAAGAACAAGAAACGCAAGAGGCGCGUGCUGGACAUCGAACUAUAG